UCACAGCUAAAAUCAUGGACCUACACCUCAUCCUACUGCUUUCCUUCCUCUCAUUUGUAAAUUUCUGCCAGGGACAAGAGCCGGUGGUGGAGGAUGUGAUCGUACCAAAAAAAGUACGGCUCCUGGGAGGCUGGAAUGAUGUCAACCCUAAUAUUGAGGAAGUCCAGGUGGCUGCAAAGCACGCUGUAGAAAAAUUUAACACAAAAUCUAAAGCCAAGGUGUUCUACAAGCUUAUCGAGGUCGAGUCUGCAAAAAUAAUGGUCACUAAUAUGAUGAACUAUAAUAUCUCUGCCACCGUGGGGAAAACAAAGUGCCUAAAACCUGAUCUGGUAGAUCUGGAUUCCUGUGAUUUGGCAGCAAAGUGGCUUAAGUGCAAGUUUAACGUACAGUUCAACCCAAGGAAUAACCAAUAUGUGGCGAAGAGGUUCUCCUGCUACAAAUAAUCCCGUGAUUGGACUUGAUCAUAAAGAACUUCUGUUAUUUUAAAAUAGAGUAACUUAUUCAACUUCCUAAUGGUGUCCUAAGCAACUGAACAGCUUCCUCUGUAAGGUCUUUUUUAAGAUUCACAAAA